AAAGUGAAUUUUAGAGCCUCGCGUUGAAAAUGUCCAUGAGAGUCCGACAGCGCUGACUACUGAACCUGAAAUGGCAGAAGUCUUGAAAAAUAUCUUCUUCCCAACACCAUUUUCAACCUAAACCCAACACCUAUUUAAUAUUCCGAUCACCGGAUGACAUCUCCGGCUGCCGGAACCCUACUCAAUUUCCCAAUCUUCACAAAGUAAUUCCCAAAACUGCCCUUCUGCGCAACUUUUCAUUUUCCCAUGGAUUUGGCAGAUAAUCAGGAGGAGGUUGAAGAGAAGAGAAAGGAGGAGAUUCGUGAGCCCACACGGUUUCGCAGAUUAUUGUGGAUUCUUUUCUUUUUCUUUGCCUUCUUUUCACUCUCAUUUUCGCUGCUUUAUUUAGCUGUUUUUCUAGGGAACCUAUCCAUUUCCAGUCCAAUUUCUCUUCCUUCUCAAUGCAAGAUUGUCUCCAGCAGUGUGGAUCUUAGGUCAUCUAAAGUCUGUGAACUGGGUUUAUUGAAUUAUAAAGCAAAGCAUGUUCUUUACCCUUCUGAAAGAAAGAAGUUUCGAUGUCGUUAUGAUUACUAUUGGGCUUCUGUAUUUAAGGUUGAAUACAUGGAUCAUUCAGGUCAAGCACGACUUGCAUUAGCAGAGGCACCUAAUGAGGCCCUUCCAUCUGAUUGCAGACCAAACUUCUCUGCUGCAUGGUUGACAAAGGAUAAAUUUAAGGUAAACAAGACUUAUGAGUGUUGGUAUACAUUGGGAAUAUCUAAAGUGCACAUAUAUGAAGAUGGCUUUUUUGAUUGCCAAGCAAAAGAUCCAUCAACUAUUGAGAUGUUUAUUCGCUAUUUAAUCUUGGAAAAAAAGGAAAGGAAAUGAGCAGAGGGACAUGGAGAGAUCUGGAUUGUAGAUCAAUGGAAAGGGAAAUGGUCAAUGAACCGAUUGAAACCAUAAGUAGGUGGUGAUCACGUGGUUUUGCAGCUCAAUUGGAGGUGGAGAAAGGGAAGAAGAUGAAAUUGUAGUGCAACAAGAAUGAAAAGGGAACAGUGGGAUCACAGUGAGAAGGGCAUCGGGUUUGUCUUACAAGAAUGGACUUUGAUCCGUCUACCAAACAGCCCUUUACGGAAUCUCAUCCAUCAUCAAGCACCUUGCUACUUCAAUUCUGUUGCCUUAUUAUUUUUUGCACUGCUCUUUUAUUAUCCGUUGUUUCAGCUUUGAAACUCGGGGAUAAUGGGCCUGUCCUAACUUCUCUACUUAAAUACUGAACUUGCUGCAAUAGCUCGGUGUCGAACUCUCUGCAUUUCCUGGAUUAAAUGGUUUCCUUGAACUCCUUUUUGAGAAAACUUACUUUAGUUUGGGAUUCAGGCACGGAAGUGGUUUAGAGUUGACAUUUUCUACACUGGUAAUUUGAACUGAACAUGAAUAAGCUCAAAGUAUGGAGUUAGCUUAGAAACAGUAACUCUGCAUCUGACUUUACCUGAAACUGGAAUUUGAUAUAUUAGCUUAGAAAUUGGUCUCUGUUAGCUUGCUAAAGCUAACUAUGCAUCUGAUAUUACUUUAAAUUUGUCAGGAAUGAAAUGUUAGCUCAUAUAUUCUAGCAGCCUGCCAAGAAUAAGUACGAUUCUUUGAGUCCUAGUUGUCAGUUUGCUAUGAGUUACCAUUUCCAUGUUUCUUGCUUCACCCUAUUUGUCAAAAAUUAAGAUCAAACAGCAUGAAGGUCACACUCACUAGCAUUAAUAGUUUUGAUUUUCUAUUGCUAGCCUUAUUCAUUUGUCUUAAUUGGAUAUUAUUG